GAUGAGAGAGAGAGCUCAGCGAACUCCUUCAAUGGCCUUGUCCCUUCGAGCGAAAUCCCAUUCAUCGUUCCAGGGCCUUCAAGUGCUCAAUGGCGGCAGAGCUCCAUCCGUGUGGGAGCCGUUCAGAUGACCUCCACCAACGAUAUCGAAGCCAACUUCAACACCUGCUCUCGUCUCUUCAAGGAAGCAUCAAUUGCUGGUGUUAAGCUGCUUUUGCUUUCCGGAGGCCUUCUCCUUUGUGAGUUACCGAGAUGGUGAGUCUCUUGAGAUUGCUGAACCUAUGGAUGGAUCUAUUAUGCGGAGAUACUGUUCUUUGGCAAGGUCAUGAUAUUGUUGUGGUGGACAGUCCUGUUGGGCGCUUGGAUCUUACAGUCUCUUAUGAUUUAAGAUUUCCUGAGCUAUACCAGCUGUUACGGUUUCAACAAGAUGCCCAGGUUUUGUUGGUACCUGCUGCUUUUACCAGAGUGACUGGGGAGGCACACUUCUACGUGGUAGUUGCAGCUGCUCAAGCUAGAAAGCACAAUGAGAAAAGAGAAAGCUAUGGUGAUUCUCUAAUUAUUGAUCCAUGGAGAAGAAUUACAGCUCGACUACCCGAUCACCUUUCAACUGGAAUAGCCAUUGCUGAUAUUGAUUUAUCAAAUAUUGUGAGGAUUAGGAUGCCGAUUUCAGAGCAUCAGAAGCUAGGAGCUUGGCGAAAAGCUUCAUGUUUGUGAAAUUUCAUGCAAGGGCUUGUUGAUGCAGCAUAUAGUGAUGAGAUCUAUUGAGGCCAUUGAUGUUAGUGAAGUUCCUAGUGGAUGAGAGCAAGUUUGUCUAGAACUAUGUUGAAUGUUUGAAACAAAAGGGAAAGAGAUUUUAUUCACGACAUCAAUAAAAAUAGUUGGAUAGAUAUUCAUGAA